UUUUAAUUAAUUUCUCUACAGAUGAUUCAGACUAUCAGGACUCUAGUUGAGAAUGCAGAUAGCUUAUAUGAGAAGAUAGUGCAGUGUCAAAAAGCAGCAAUGGAGUUUCAUGAAAACCUGCACAAUAUAGGAGCAAGAGAAGGCUUAAAAGAAAGAAAACUGCAAAAAUCAGUAGAAAGUUUUACAUGGAAUAUUACAAUUCUGAAGGGACAAGCCGAUCUUCUCAAAUAUGCUAAAAAUGAAGCAUUGGAGAACCUGAAACAAAUCCAUUAUGCCACUCUUUCAUGUGGACUCAAUAAGCCAGGCACUGAAAAUGCAGAAAUCUCAAAACCCCGACGAAGCCUUGAGGUCAUACCUGAAAAAGCAGGUGAUGAAAAUGGAGAAUGAGAGAAUGACUAUCUCAUUAUUAUGGAGUUUAUAACUCUGUGACCAAUUGUAGCUGCAUAGGACAUUUGCUUUGCACUUACUGUUGGGAAAUAUAUGGAAUUUUUAAAGCACAACUGGAGAAGCUAAUUACAAUCUGUUGAAACUGUGAAUGUAUGUAGCAAUUCUGCUUGUGAAGGCAAUGAUGUUGUGUAACAUAGAAAUUACGUUACUGGCCAAAACAGCAUAUACGGAAAAGAUACUGUAAUUCAGUAAUAGCGUGCUGAAAAGUUCAUGGAAAUGCCACAGGGAAGUGAACAUCUUGUUAAUGAUCUGUGUCUAGAGGGAAAUCAGUUCAACAGAAUUUGACAAAAUACCUUGAUUUUCAAUGUAAUUAGAUUUGCAGUUGCAAUGUGUCUUGCAAUUCAAGAAUUGUGCUGGUGAGGUGUAUUAUUUACACCUAACUUUUGAAAAUCAGGUCAAAAAAGUAGAAUCCACAUGUUUAACCCCGUAUGUAAUUCAGCCGCUCGGAUAUUUUGGUUUGAAGUGGUAUUGAUUUUGUUGUUGAGCCAUAAAUUAAAAAGAGAAUGUAAUUAGACAAUGAUCACUGACUUCAGUGCACUAUAGGAGAGCCAUUAUGUAAAAGGAGAAUGUGCAAUCAGUCUGAUAGCCUAUGUCAGAAGAAGAUACGGACCUGUUUUGCCUAAGAUCUUCUGCAAAUGUGUGUAGAUAAUGUGACCAAACUGCAAGCAAAAUGUUGUAAAUAGUUUUUCAUUUUGUGAAGUGAAGUGCUCACAUUAAAAAAAAAAAGUUUUAUGAGAUUGCUCCCAGAAAAGUACAGCUUUUAACUAAAUUUUAACUUUUUUAUUUUUCAAGUAUUUUCUUCUUUACAGAAUAGGUGAUAUCUCAAUAAGCAGAUUUGUCAAAAAAAUGCUGUUCUGGUUCUAUUUGUUUUUGUUUUCUGACAACAAUAGAUAAUGGUAUUGUAGCUAAUAUGCUCAUUGUAAAAAUGACUAUACCAACCUAGAGUGUUCUCUUACUGUUUCUGAUUUAAUAAUAAAAAUGGACUAUUAUCAUUACACAGGCUAAUAAAUUUGAAGAAAAACAAA